UCCAUACAGCUAUUCGAUUCUCAUUAUAGACUACGCGUAGCUCAAUAUAGUCUCAUUACUGUAGUAAAUUUAGUAUAUGGCUACCAACGAUUGUUAUCGAUGUUAUGUAACAUUAACUAGUUGAAACUGCUGAAUACCAUACACGAGGAGAAAACUUCCUUUGUCCUCGCGGUGUUCGUGCGUUUAACAUGUAAGUAGGAGCAAUUUUGCAUAGAAGUCCAACUGUGUGGACUUUGUAUGGCGAUAUGCCGAUGUGGAGUGCCUUUUUUGCAGAUCGUCCAUAUAACAGACUGGAUUGAUUAAUAUCGGUAGUUUUCUUUAUCAAUUGAAGUCACAUGUCUGAAACUAAUGGCCCAUGCUUACGAGAUAAUAAGUAAUUUUUUUUUACAGAUGGUUCUGUAGCUCUUCCAACACACCAAUGUCAAGUUUGUGGAAACGUUGCAAGAAAAAAUAAUUACAAAGCGUACACCUGCAUUUCUUGUGUGGUGUUUUUUGACAGACACGUAAGACCAGAAAAAGAAAUAAUUACUUGCGUAACUGGGUGUGGAAACUGUUCGACAAACAGAAAGCUCACUUCUGUCCAUUACCAUGAUUUUGGAUAUGGCAACGGAUAAUAACCUUUCCGUUCUGAAAAUAUAUUUUGGCCAAAAACAUUACACGUGGUAUUUUAUUAUUAACAUUACUGAAUGGACUGCAUUGUUAAUGUUCAGCAUUCUGCUAUACGUUGCACUUGAAAUUGACAACCACAUACUUAUGAUCCCUUGGAUGAUAUGGAUUUGGAUUAUAAUGAUUAAAACUGCAGCUGCAACAACUAUUGCAAUGGCACUCGCAUCUUUAUUACCAGUUUUUAUUAUAAUGGUUUUAAGUCUGUCAACUUUCAUAUUCUGCUAUACAGGGAUAUACUUUUUCACUUGCGUCUACAAUCAUUAUACAAUUCUUAAAAUGCGGAAAGUUCUUGUUACACCUGAACAAAGAUCAAAUAUUAUUUGUGUCGCUAAACCUGAAGAAGAUUUGGAUCGUUCCGACAACAUCCAGAUUCCCAACAAAUUAACAUCAAUUACAAACGAUGUUCCUCCUGAAGAAGAACCUGAUAUUCCUGUAUUUCGUUUUACUGAAAAAGAGUAUUAGAAAACCAAUUUUGUAUUAUAUAGUGAAAAACUUAUUACAAUAAGUUUGUGUUUGCAUAAAUUAAAUGCUUUCCUUCAAAAUAUUGCUUUUCUGAUAUUUUUACAA